GAGUCCAAGAAAACUUUGGGACUAAGCAAAGCAAAGCAAAGAAGAUAUAAAAGAGACCUCUUUUUAUAAGCAAAAAAAUUUCAUAUAAUCGCAUCUUAACACAUUGUUUACAAGAAUAAUUCAAAACAUCGAAUCGUAUCAAAAAAGAAGAUGAAGAUCACUGUAAUGGCUGGUGACAAACAGAUCAUCACCUUAGAAGUUGAUUGUGACGAAUCUGUUGAGAACUUGAAAGCUCUGCUUGAGGUCGAGACUCAAGUGUCGAUUCAGCAACAACAGCUGCUUUAUAAUGGAAAGGAGAUGAGGAAUGCUGAGAAAUUGAGUGGUCUUGGUGUGAAUGAUGGAGAUUUAGUGAUGAUGGUUUCACAUGCUUCUUCUUCUAGUGCUCCUAUCAAUGACUUGGACUUCAAUCCAGAUGGGUCUGCUGUAAACCCUGUAGCCUUCCAGCAGCAUAUCCGACAAGAUUCUAAUAUGAUGGCACAACUGUUUCAGGCUGAUCCUGAACUUGCUCAAGUUCUUCUUGGAAACGAUCUCAAUAGACUGCAGGAUGCUUUACGGGAGCGUCAUCGCCAAAGAUCUGAAUUACAACGUCAAAAAGAAGAGGAGCUAGCACUUCUCUAUGCUGAUCCCUUUGAUGUGGAAGCACAAAAGAAAAUUGAAGCUGCAAUUCGCCAGAAAGGUAUUGAUGAGAAUUGGGCAGCUGCACUAGAACACAAUCCUGAAGGUUUUGCAAGGGUGGUCAUGUUGUAUGUUGACAUGGAAGUUAAUGGUGUCCCUUUGAAGGCAUUUGUUGAUAGUGGUGCUCAGUCAACAAUCAUAUCUAAAAGCUGUGCUGAGCGCUGUGGAUUGUUGAGACUUCUAGAUCAACGUUACAAGGGCAUUGCUCAUGGGGUUGGUCAGACAGAGAUACUAGGUCGGAUACAUGUUGCUCCAAUCAAGAUUGGGAGUGCAUUUUACCCUUGUUCCUUCUUGGUUCUGGAUUCUCCCAAUAUGGAUUUCCUUUUCGGGCUGGAUAUGCUUCGUAAGCACCAGUGCAUGAUUGAUUUGAAGGAGAAUGUCUUGAGAGUAGGUGGAGGAGAGGUUUCAGUACCAUUUUUGCAAGAAAAAGACAUUCCAUCUAGUUAUCUGGACGAUGAGAGGUAUUCAAAGCAAGCUUCUAGCUCGGGAACCCAAGUUAUAUCUGGAACAAGAGAGAAUAGCAACAUACAAACUUCUGGUAGAGCACCUGACUUGUCACAGGGGCCUGAAUUUGAAGCCAAAGUUGCGAAGCUUGUUGAGCUAGGGUUUGGAAGAGAGGCAGUGAUACAAGCUCUAAAAUUUUUUGAUGGUAAUGAAGACCAGGCAGCUGGGUAUCUUUUUGGGGGCUGAAGAUGGUUUUAGUCUCCUGAGUUUCCAACAUGUUGUGGGUCCAAAAUUGAUUUCCAUAACAAAAAUUUAUCACCAAAAAUUGGGAUUUCUGUAACUUAAAUUUUUUAUGCCCUAACAUUCAUUGGGGGCUGAUAGUGUCUGUUUACAGAAUGUUGUAUUUAAAUGAAAUAAUUAGUUUUAAGAUUUUGGAGA